AUGGAGGAGACUUUAGCUUGUUGUAGUACUGGUUCGGCGGUUGCCGAUUCGGCCAUCAUUCCUUCCUGCUUUCAGUCGAAUGCAUUACAAGUCGACUCGAUCAAGGAAUGUGGGUCAAUCGGUGGUCAUGGAACAUCGGUGGUAGUGGUCAACGGCGCUGAGCAGUCAGCAUCUCAGGAUUUGGUAGAGCGCAGAACCGGACUUUUCGUGAAGUCGGAAGAUGGUGGUGGGUGCCAAAGCGAAAGCGGUAAAGAUCCGGCAAAUGUGAGCAUGGCUAACAUGAAGACGCAGCCGUCGGUGUUAGCAGUCGAUCAGGCGACAGAAUCUCCUCCUCCGGAUUUGAUCCCAGCUUCGGAUAAAUCUAAGUUCCAAUUUCAGCAAGGAAAACCAGGAGCGGAUAUGGCAAAGGCCACGCGAGCAUUGGUUAAAGAUUUUAACCGCAUUGAGAGCGACAAGAUCAAUGUCCGCGGAGACACGCUUCGGGCAACGAAACGCCGUUCUUGGGCCGACCAUCGUUGUGCAAUGACCGAUAGCGAAACCGAACAUAUCCAAAUGCUUUUAUGCCGCGAACAGCGCAAGGGAAAGUCAUCGGUGAACUUCUCCUGGAUCCUCGGCCAACUGAUCAAAAGCCCUCCGAAAUCAGAGACGCCCACUGUAGAAACUGCCUUGGUGGAGAAAAAGACUUUGCCUGUGGUGCUCGAAGCCCAUGGGAUAUCGGACGAUUCUAGCAGUACUCCGGACACAUCUGAUCUGCCGGAGAGUUACCUGGAAGAUGACCGCUUAGCAGACAAAAUUGGCGUCGCCUACGACCAGUGUCAGUUGAAGCCGAUACUGAAAACGCAAAAGGCUACAGAGAAAAAGACGGUCAGAUUCGACCCUUUAGCCCUUCUCUUAGACGCCGCUCUCGAGGGCGAACUGGAAUUGGUCAAGCGAUGCGCCGCCGAGGUUGAAAGUGUCAGCUGCUGCAAUGACGAAGGCAUCACGGCGCUACAUAAUGCAAUAUGUGCCGGUCACUACGACAUUUUGCGUUUCCUGGUCGAAGCCGGGGCGAACGUUAAUGCUCAGGACUCUGAUGGAUGGACUCCUUUACACUGCGCAGCUUCUUGUAACAAUUUACCGAUGGUAAAAUUUUUGAUUGAACGGGGUGCCUGCGUUUUCGCGUCGACCAUCAGCGACGACGAAACGCCAACAGACAAAUGUGAGGAAGAUGAGGAAGGCUUCGUCGGAUGUUCGCAGUUCUUGAUCAGCAUCCAGGAAAAGAUGGGCAGUUUGAAUUCAGGUCUGGUGUAUGCUGCUUUCGACUUCGAUGCCAGCAUGGAUGACGAGUUGUCACUAACUGCCGGCGAAGAAUUGCAAGUAAUUCGGAGGGACGAAAGUCAAGACAAGGGUUGGUGGUUUGCCAGAAGUGUAGUAAGCGGCAAAGAAGGCUAUGUUCCGCGGAAUUAUCUUUCAGUAAGUUUAAUUUGUAGAUUUUGGAGUCCUGAGAGCAAAUGCAACAUUAAUCAAGAAGCAGCAUAA